AUGGUUAACACGUUGGUGAGUGCGUGUACGGCUCAAAGUGGUGCCGGAAACCACACUCAGUAUCGGACUACGGAUGAAGAAAUGUAUUCGCUAUUUCACCGAGGAAGGCCAAAUGCAGUGGGCCUCAGCCAGCCUGCUCAUGUCCAUCUAACGGGUAGUACAAGUAAUGCUUUUGAAGGAAACAUCCCUGACAGUCCUCAGGGGCCGUGUGUGUCAACCCCUGUCUACAAUCUGCGUCCGUUCACUCGGAAGGGCCCAAGAAAGAAUAGGUGUCAUGCAGAUUCACAUUCGGUGGAUCAACUUUUCACAAAAGAGGUGGUUCUCCUGCCAGACCAUACAUAUAUGCAUGUGCCAAGGCGUGCCACAAAAGCUUGGCUAUUUGAAAAUGGACACAUUAAGUCUGCUUUGGAACUUAGCCGCAACUGGGACUCUACCAAAGUAAUGCAGGCAAUAUCUGAGGCAUUCCAGCCGAUUGUGGGUGCAUGCAGGUUACAGAUUUUGUUACCUUGCCAUAACAAACUGGUUGAGCCAUCCCUUAGCCCCAAACAGACCCUGACUGGAGCGCUUGUGAAAAAACUCUUUCAUCAGAAGUCCAUUUAUGUCAGACCAGACAAGGUGCUGAUAACAGAGGAAAAAGAGCUUUCAAUUCAAGAUGGAGACAGUCAACAUACAAACAGCAGUGAACCCCAAGAAGUAUCAGAUGACAUAAAUGAUGCCACACAGUCUUUCUCCAGUGGUGAUCAAAUUAUCUGGUGUGCAGCCACCCAAGCUGUUCUUACAGAUGCACCUAGCAUCUCAAAAGACAACAAUGCAAUGUCUAGUUGUGCUGCUGUCAUCACCAUUGAUGGUAUUCACACCUUGCCCAGUCAAGCUUCUGUCAUCUCCAGUGGUACCACAGAUGAUUUUCCCAUUGUAUCAUCUGCCAUCAACAGUAAUCCCACUAAUGGUUUGUCCUGUGGCACCAAUUUAAAUUCAAGUGAUGACAAACGUGACUGUCCUUCUUCUAACACCUCCGCCGUAACCAGUGACCAUUCCCCUCCCAUCUCUGGUGCUAUAGCCUCAACUGUCUCCAGUGCAUCCAGCAAUAAUGUAACCCGAACCCCUUACAGUACUUAUCUGGACCUAUUUGAGGAAGAAUAUUUCUCUGAUGAUCCUGAUCUCCAGGAAGCUAUUUCAAGAUCUUUGACUGCUAGAACCAAUCAGAGUGAUUCAAAGAUAAGUUUGAAGGGAAUAAUGGAGCAGAUCGCUUCGAGAAUAAAUAAUGAUGAAACUGUGCGCUUUAACAUAAUAAGAAGGAAUGUGUGGGAUGGAGCUUCCAGAGCCAUGGGCCGUUCCAAUUUUGCACCAGAAAAGAAGAUCGAUAUAAAGUUCACAGACGAUUACGGAAUAUCUGAGGGUGCCAUUGACAAUGGAGGGCCUACCCGGGAGUUCUUCAGGUUGUGUCUUUAUGAAAUCAAGGACAAUAUUGGAAUCUUCGAGGGUCCACCUAAUGCUAAAGUCCUCACAUGCAAUUCCAGAGCAAUGAAAGACAAUGGAUACUUCCGUGCUGGUCAGAUCAUGGCUAUGUCACUUGGCCAUGGGGGACAGAGUCCAUGCUUCCUAUCUGAUGUCUUGUAUGAAUGUCUUCAAAAGGGUCCAGACAAUGUAAAGGCCAGAAUCGAACAUAUUAAUGAUGAUGAAACAAGGUCACAGGUGCAAUUGAUUUUAGAAGCUGAGACAGAAUCACAGCUGGAAGAUGCAGUUGCUGGGGCAGCCAGCUUGAUUAGUCUUGCAGGUCAUAAUGUGCUUGUAACACUGAAAACCAAAGAAGAGACUGCAAUGGACUUGGCUCAUUGGUAUGUCCUCCAGCGGACCCGUGCACCUUUUGAAAGGCCAUGGAGGUGA